AUGGUGUUACGUUUUGGGUGUAAGGGUAAGCUUAGUCCGAGGUUUAUAGGACCAUUUGAGGUGUUAGAGAGUGUUGGGCCAGUUGUGUAUCGUUUGAGGUUGUCACCUGAGCUCGAGCGUAUUCUCGACGUGUUUCAUGCGUCGAUGUUGCAUAAAUAUAGAUCGGAGCCUUUUUGUGUCAUUUCAAUUGACGAGGUUGAGUUACACGAGGAACUUUCUUACAAGGAAGAACCGGUUAAGAUUUUGGCUAACGAUGUGAAAGUUCUUCGGAGCAAGUCUAUUACGUUGGUAAAAGUUUUGUGGUGUAACCACAAUAUUGAUGAGGCAACUUGGGAGACGGAAGAGUCGAUGAGAACUCAGUUUCUACAGUUGUUUAACUAA